GGAGGGGGCGCGGGGAAGUCGGGCCGAGCGCCGGGUGGCUCCCAGUGGAAAGUUGUCGGGAGAGGCUCUGGGCGAGCGGGGAGCAUGGGCACGUUGCGGGAUUUACAGUACGCGCUGCAGGAGAAAAUCGAGGAGCUGCGGCAGCGGGAUGCGCUGAUCGACGAGCUGGAGCUGGAGCUGGACCAGAAGGACGAGCUGAUCCAGAAGCUGCAGAACGAGCUGGACAAGUACCGCUCGGUGAUCCGGCCCGCCACGCGGCAGGCGCAGCAGCAGAGCGCCCGCAGUCUGCAGGGCGAGCAGCGGACCAAGCGGCAGGCGAUCUCGGCCGAGCCCACCGCCUUCGACAUCCAGGACCUCAGCCACGUCACGCUCCCCUUCUACCCCAAGAGCCCGCAGUCCAAGGAGCUAAUAAAGGAAGCUAUCCUUGACAAUGACUUCAUGAAGAAUCUGGAGCUGUCUCAGAUCCAGGAGAUUGUGGAUUGUAUGUAUCCUGUGGAGUAUGGCAAAGACAGCUGCAUCAUCAAGGAGGGAGAUGUGGGUUCCCUGGUGUAUGUCAUGGAAGAUGGGAAGGUUGAAGUGACAAAAGAAGGAGUGAAGCUGUGCACCAUGGGACCAGGCAAGGUGUUUGGAGAGUUGGCCAUCCUCUACAACUGCACUCGAACAGCAACUGUCAAAACUCUCGUAAAUGUGAAACUUUGGGCUAUUGAUCGGCAAUGUUUUCAAACAAUAAUGAUGAGGACAGGCCUCAUCAAGCAUACUGAGUAUAUGGAAUUUUUAAAAAGUGUUCCCACAUUCCAGAGCCUUCCUGAGGAGAUACUCAGUAAGCUUGCAGAUGUCCUUGAAGAGACACACUAUGAAAGUGGAGAGUAUAUUAUCCGACAAGGUGCUCGAGGGGACACUUUCUUUAUAAUCAGCAAAGGAAAGGUGAACGUCACUCGUGAAGAUUCCCCCAGUGAGGAUCCAGUCUUUCUCCGUACUUUAGGAAAAGGAGAUUGGUUUGGAGAAAAAGCUCUACAAUGGGAGGAUGUCAGAACUGCAAAUGUCAUUGCGGCUGAAGCAGUAACUUGUCUGGUCAUAGACAGAGACUCCUUCAAACAUCUGAUUGGUGGCCUAGAUGACGUUUCCAAUAAAGCCUAUGAAGAUGCAGAAGCAAAAGCAAAAUAUGAAGCCGAAGCUGCCUUCUUCGCCAACCUGAAACUGUCUGAUUUCAACAUCAUUGACACCCUUGGAGUCGGAGGUUUCGGACGAGUUGAACUGGUCCAGUUGAAAAGUGAAGAGACGAAGACGUUUGCGAUGAAAAUCCUGAAGAAACGUCACAUAGUGGACACGAGGCAGCAGGAGCACAUCCGCUCGGAGAAGCAGAUCAUGCAGAGCGCGCACUCAGACUUCAUUGUGAGGCUCUACAGGACAUUCAAGGACAGCAAGUACCUGUACAUGUUGAUGGAAGCCUGUCUAGGUGGAGAGCUCUGGACAAUUCUCAGGGACAGAGGUUCGUUUGAGGAUUCAACAACCAGAUUUUACACGGCGUGUGUAGUUGAAGCUUUUGCCUAUUUGCAUUCCAAAGGAAUCAUUUAUAGGGACCUCAAGCCAGAAAACCUCAUUCUGGAUCAUCGAGGUUAUGCCAAACUGGUUGAUUUUGGCUUUGCAAAGAAAAUAGGAUUUGGAAAGAAAACAUGGACUUUUUGUGGAACUCCAGAGUACGUAGCCCCGGAGAUCAUCCUGAACAAAGGUCACGAUAUUUCAGCAGACUACUGGUCACUGGGAAUCCUAAUGUAUGAACUCCUGACUGGCAGUCCCCCUUUCUCAGGCCCAGACCCAAUGAAGACCUAUAACAUAAUAUUAAGGGGAAUUGAUAUGAUUGAAUUUCCAAAGAAGAUUGCCAAAAAUGCUGCUAAUUUAAUUAAAAAACUAUGCAGGGACAAUCCAUCAGAAAGAUUAGGGAACUUGAAAAAUGGAGUGAAAGAUAUCCAAAAGCACAAAUGGUUUGAAGGCUUUAACUGGGAAGGGUUACGAAAAGGGACACUGACACCUCCUAUAAUACCAAGUGUUGCAUCUCCAACAGACACAAGCAAUUUCGACAGCUUCCCUGAGGACAACGAUGAACCACCUCCUGAUGACAACUCAGGAUGGGACAUAGAUUUUUAAUGUAUUUCUCUUACCUGCUUCUGCCUUGCUGAAGACAGCUUUCUGGGACAUGGCUGCCAGCGAAACUGAAAGAACCGGGGAGGAUUCGUGCUCGGGGUCACCAUGAUGCCUUGAUUGAUGCUGCUACAGUAACUACAGUGGCAUUAGGACUUAUUGCUUAGAUGACAAUAGUGCUCUUCAUGUUUUAUGUUCAGACUUAAUCUAGCAGUUGACAUGGUGGUCCUGACGCAAAGCCUUUCACCAGUAGAGAAAUAUGUUUUUUAUCACCACAACGAUCUUGCUACGCUCCAAUUACAAAUGUUGAAAGAUUCAUAGUGUAAGACACAAUUAAUUCUAGCUGCGAGGUACUGGCUUUAUCAGUAGGAUCAGUAGUAAUUUAUUAAGUGCUGUAGCUAAAUACAGUACAGGAUUUGGGCUUCUCUCACACUCAGCUCGGUAGGUCUUCCACUGUUGGCCAGUCCAGGAACAAAGGAGGACCACAACAGUGCUGGUCAAAGAGUUCAUGUCAAAGCAGUGGUACAGUUUGUCCUUUUUCUUUCCAAGCAGUAUUUCAUGACAAGACUGAAUGUUACUCUUCGUCUUUCUUUCUGAGAUUUUUUUUUUAACCUGGUGAAACAAAAGCACAACUGCUCUAGAUCCUGUUGAGGCAGAUAUGGGUCGCUUCUCUCAUACAGCCGAGAACAUAACGUAACAUGACGUUUGUGUUUUUUUCCUUUCCUUUGGUAGAAAUACGUAAGUGCAUGAAAAAAGAAAUCAUAACAUUCUCAGUUUCACAUAUAAAACAGUGCUUAAAUAAUGGUCCUAUAGUAAAACGACAGCAGCCAACCGGUCUUACAGUGAGCUAUUAGGCAUAAAACUAAGCUUAACUUGUAACUUUCCAGAACCCAAAGGAGAAAUGUAAGGCCCAUAAUGCAUUUUAUAGGUGCUAUGUACAUCCCUCAUCUGUGAAUAUACCGAUUCAGUCAGCCACCCUUUCAGAAAUAUGAAGCAAGAGGCAUCAUUCUCCAUCAUUCUCUCAGAACAGAUGAGUUUAUGUCUCCGUGUCUGCAUCUCUUCCAUGUUAAUUACAAAGCCGAUGAAGACAACAGAAUAUGUGAUGGAGGGCCGGUUUGCUUGCUCUGUUUUUAAAUUGCCCUUAAAAAUGUAAUCCUAAUGCCUCAUUGAACUAAAUCAGAAGGAGUUUCGCAGGAAAGUCAGUUGAAUGACACGGAAACCUGAUAUUUCUUGUGUUUGUGUGAGAUUUACUGGCCUGCCUUAUCUCCAGCACACCAUGUCCCCAGCGACCGUGUUUAAGGCCUGGGGAUGGCCAAAGCUGAGUCGACUCGUAUGAAAAAAGAGAGGAGGAAAGGAUGAUGGUGUGUAUACAUCUUCCCCUGGCUUCCACAACUUUUCCUUUGCUUUAUUGAAGCCUCUUCUCAUUUAUACAGGCAUAACAAGGGAAUCCUGUUCUAUAUGCCUACUUGUGUAGUACUUGGGACAUGAAGCGUAUCCCUUUGUACCAACAAGAAACAUCAGAUUUCCAUCUCUCUAACGGACCUCUCAAUUAGCAAACGCUGCCCCAUUUGAUCUCAAGAGCUGUUACAUACACUGGCAGUCAGAAGAUCAACUUUUGCUAACCAAUGUUCAGAAAAAAUUAUUUCUCCAGUGCUGAAUCUUUUCCAUGUUCCUAUUGAAAGCGACCCACUUAAUAGAGCAUGUUAAAAAGAUGUUUCCUCCGCUUCUUUUAGAGCACCCGCAGUGUCUGCUGUUUUCCAGCAGCCUACAGAGCUUGCUUGUCAUGGGCCCCUUCAGACCCAGUCCGUUGGCUGAAUUUUCUCCAUAGUUGUGCAGAAGGGAAGGGCAACGACAUCUGCUCUUGGACACCAGGUUAUUACUGUGCUCGCUCAUCUCAUGUAGCAGUAUGUUAAGAUUCGUUUGCCUUGAAAACUGUAGGGUAAAGACAGUCACUGCAUCUACCAGGUAUUUCCUGUAUAGGACUAGCUCUUACUUUUCCACAGAAAGGUUGAAAACACUGAAAGCAAACGCUGAACACUGGGGCUAAAAUACUCACCCAUUAUCCAAGCAGACAGGCAGAUGGGCAAUGGCCGCACUAUGGCUGAGUUGUUAACCCACCUCCUUCCAGAUUUUCACUCAAUGCUGUGCGUGCCACGGAGGAGAAAAGUUGGAGCAUCUUUUGGCUUUCUGCAGAACAGACAGGGUAGGCUGCCUCAGUGUGUAACUGAGCAGCAGAGGUUCAGUUGCCUUUGAGCAAAGGAUGGCCAGGAGCGCCGCAGCUCUCGGUGCAACUCCUUAUGGGAAGAAAGGUUUCAAGGGGCUGAUGCAUUGUUUUCUUCCUUCCUGCCUGUUUUCCUUGUGCCACACACGAGACCUGAAUCGUGUGGCAUGCACUGUACUGAAAAUAGAUUUAUUUUGGUAUCAGACACCUCACUCAACUUCUUCCAUCACCUCUACUCGGCACCCUUUAAACAACAAACUUAGCGUAUGUAUAUUAUAGACGCCUUCAUUUAUAAGUAAUAUAUUUGAGUUGCAUAAUAUAUAUAUAUAUAUAUAUAUUCACAACUGAUUGCCUCUGUGUUCCCACUUACUGUCCUUUCUUCUUUGUCUCCUUUUUUGAUAUAUGGGACGGCGGUGUAUUUACGUAAGGGGAUAUCAGCUCCCGUAUUUAAAGCAAGUGUAUUACGGUCGGUGUCAUAAGAGACAGAUGAUCUGUAGCUUCUUACAGUGCUGCAUUAUUCAUAGCAAACUCUUAUUUAACAACAGGACCACAAGCAAAUAUUUCUGUAAAUAGAUAUUUUCGUGUUGAUAUUUUGUGGUACUCAUAUAACUUUUUAUUUAGAGUUCCAUGGCAUUACUUCUUCAUUUUCUUAUUUGUAAUGUAAUGUUUUUAGAUCCAAGUAGACUUGAAUUAAUGUCAUAAUUGUCAGUAUUAGUAAACUUUAUGUCGACUGUACUGUUACUCAUCGUCCCAUAGGUUUAGAACACGAUAGCUAUCUGGCAUUGUUGCAAGUGCCUUAAAUCCAUGGCAUCCUAUAACAAAAUACAAAUUUGGUGUUAUGCUGCAUGACAAAGACAAACACACCUCAAAAUGUUGUCCUUUCUUAGCUUGCUGCUUUUUACAGUUCUUUCUGCUGACAAUUUAUAAGCCUUUAUUAUAUAAUAUUGAUGAACUACAGAAAUGAUGAAGUCGUUCUCUUAUUUCUGUUAAAUGUACCAGAGCUGUGUAUCUGUUAAUGAGAUACAGAGUCAUUUCUGUGAAAUGUAUAAAUGUAUGUGCGGGUCAAAUUAAUAUAUGACAUCCUAUCAGUCUGUACACAGGUAUUCCUGUUCCGCUAUGCCGUGCAGCUCCAGCCCAUCGUGCAGUCCAGCUCCCAUCAUCUUUUAUAAACCCACACUCAAUAUCCCGCCCAGAAAAAAAAGAUGAGCACCUGAAUGCAACUUGCCACCAAGUCUCUGUCAUGAAACCAAAUGCCCCUACGAAAGAAAAUGCCCCCCUGGGGGACGCAGCACCACAGAGCUGCCCAGAGCCUCCUCACUUCUCCCAGCGGCCCAGCGGGUGCUGUGCUGAGACAUGGGCAGCUCCAGGCAUUAGCAGCCAAAGGGAAAUGUCAUUCGGAGUUGUCUCGUCCUGAGUCCAAUCCAUGCUGUUCUGACACUGGUCCUUUAUUUUUGUGUUCUUAUUUCUCUGGUUUUUGUAUUAUGAUGGAUUCUACAUAAAAGAGUUUUUUGUUUGUCAGGAAAAAAAGGUCUGUCAUUCAACGGUUGUUGACCAGUUGCACUCUUUUGAUGUAGAUUUAAGAACUUUUUUCAUGAACUUAACCGCUUUUGUUUUGCUCUGUAUUUUCCCUGCAGCUGUAAUUGCUGAGUGCCUGUUGUAUACUUUAUAGAGUUGAAAUAAAAAUAAUUACUUUUGA